UAAAUAAAGGAUUUGUAUAUUUCCCUCGAAUAUAAUCUUAAAAGAUGCCGUAACUGUCGUAGAUUAAUCGCAUGGUGAAAUGCAAAUACAAGAACAUGUUAGUAUAUCGUACAGAGUGGGCGAAGAGAUGCAGCCUCCUUCCCUAUGCCCGUUCGUUAGCCACUCUUAGCUGUUCUGCCGCCGUCCUGUAAAAAACAUCUAUACUCUCCUGAUCUCUAAGGGGAUUGACAGAUUUAUCCCAUGCAUGUUUCUGUGACUCUAUCAUCAUCGACCGAACGGCCUUGCCUCCUCCGCAGUCCUUGAGCUUUUCCACAAACUCAUGCCCUUCGUGGAGCAGCAUGUCCCACUCGCAGACGUACAGAAAGAUAUCCUUGGGCAGAGCAUCUGCUAGCAGCGAGGGAGGUGCCAGUAAAGGCGAGGCAUAUGGCAGAUGUCUACUGGCUUCGUGAGGCAUGUAGCUGUGGUCGAACAAGGUGGUCAUGAACUUCGGCAGCGUCUUGGACGGGAAGACGCUUCUGUCACGGCGUAUGUGUCUAGGCAGGACGUAGUCGACUAUCGGGUACCAUGAUAUAAUGGAUAUUAUCCGCAGAGACAAAGCAGGCGUCUGUGACCGCCCGUUAUUAUUGCUGCUGUCACUGCCGUUGUUCGUUGAGGUGGUCGUGCUUGUAUGUCGAAGCAGAUGCUGUGCCGACUGGGACCUCGAGGCAGACGGCCUGCUGGUGCUGCCCGGCGGAUACUGCGACAACGUCGACAGAUGCAGGUUUAUCGAGCUCCCGUCUUGCGUCUCGUAGGGGGUCAGCGUCGUCGAUGGCGUCGGCGAGGGCUUGAGAGAGUCUUGCCGGAGCAGAUGGCGGCGCAGGGGAACGGUGAAGGCGAGAUUCCCGCCAGACGAGAAGCCGGACAGGCUGACCCGCGACACAUCCAACGCCAGCUCGGCCGCAUGGUCCUCGAGAUACUGCAGGGCCCUGACGCCGUCGUCUACAGCAGCCGGAAAGGGCGCUUCGGGCGCCAGGCGGUAUUCCACGCUCACCACGACGCUGUCGGCGCCUUCGACCACCGCGCGAGCCCAGCGUGCGUCGUCCGUCGCCUUGCCUAUGCAGAACCCGCCGCCGUGGAAGUUGACCACGACCGGGUACCGGUGGCCGGCUCGCUUCUGCUCAGCGUACCGCUUGGGAGUGUAGAAGUACAGCUUCACCCGCUGCGAGUCGAACUCGUCCAGCCGAGGCAGCGUUCGAACGAAGGACGGGCGCGGUGGUAUCGGCGGAGGAUAGCCAUGGAGGACCAUGCCGAUGCGCAUCAAAAACCGCAAGAUCACUAUCUGCACCCGCAUCCAAGCCUUGUUAGGAGGUCUCUGUUCCAUUGUCGGCCUGGGAUCAGGAACGUCGGCUCGCUUUCGACGGGUGUUUUAUGUGUAUAAAGGCGCCGCGGGCACCGGUCGAGAGGACAUCAGACGAGCAGCAACAAGGCCCCAAGAACCGACCUUCUAGAAGAUGAACAACAGAGCAGCAGAAAGACGAGCCUGGGUC